CCAAGACUCCGUCUUAUGUCUCAUGGCCUCCCUUCGUCUCGUCACCGUAUCCGCACGCCGAUAGCGAGCCGCCUGGGCUGCUCAUAGAGGAUGGCGUUCGCGCCUCUGAUUUGCGUCGUUGAUUUCCAUCACGCGAGGGGACCGGAAGUGGAGCGAUGGUUCGGCGUCGAGGAGGGCAGCGCAGACCCGUCGGUGGAGAAUGACUGGGUGAAUCUUCCGUUCAUGGCGCUGAGCGACGGCGCGCACGCCUCCACCGAAGACUAUUCCUACUUCACGCUGCGACGCGCCGAGACGCCCAAACACCCUGCUUCGAGCCUCUUUGGCAUCUCGUGUACGCGACAGCUGGAUGCGAGCAAGCUGAUUGAUCGGCCGGCCGAGGUUACAAGGAGCACCGUGCAGAAGGCGGUGGUGGUGGUGAGCGAUAGCCCGCAGUACUUUGGGGCUAUCAAAGCGCAGCUGGGAGUUGUUACGGCGGCGUGGUUUGCACAGAGGGACUUCACCGAUGUCGAGAUCCUACAACGGUUUAGCGAGAGUCUGCCUACGCUGCUCAAGAAUCAGGAGGGAGAACCGGACCACUACUUUGGUAUUUCUCUGCGAGAGAUGAUCCACGAGUUCAAGUGGCAGACGCUCGUUCUUUUCAAGUGUGCUCUGCUCCAACCAAAGAUGCUUUUCUUCGGCUCGCACUGCGAGCGCUUAUGCAUGAUGCAGUUUGCUUUGAUUUCUCUGAUACCCGGUCUAAUCCGCCACCUUCAAGAUUCUGCUGAUCCCAAGUUCAAUUCGUGCGAGACGGAGCUCGUCAUGCCUACGUCGCUCAAGACGUCGCAGCGCUCCUCGUUGCUCACUUACAUGGGCCUUCCGCUCCAGCUCUUUGGCAGAGGGUCACUGUUUGGACCAUACACGCCUUUACAACAGCUCGACGUUCUGGCUGAUCAAGACACUAAAUCGUACAUUGUAGGCUCUACCAACUCACUGCUGCUCCAGCAAAGAGACCGAUAUAGCGACAUAUUGAUCAACCUGGACGAACACACUGUGAACAUAACAUCAUCCUCUCUUCAACAUGCGCUCACCUUAUCCACGCCAGACCGCCGCUGGAUCGACUUUCUUACACAAACCGUCCACGACACCUGGGAUGAAUCCAAUCCCAGUCGCCCAAAAGACCACGGCUAUGCCGGCAGUGAAGAAUUCAUUCGUAUGCAAUUCGAAGAGUACUUGCUUGCCAUGCUGAGUGCUGUCAAGUUCAAAGCUUACCAGGAGAAGAAUAAAGACAAGGAAAGAAUCAUCACAGAGCACGAGGGGGACCCGGCAGGAGAGUUCUCGAACAAUUACAUCCACGCGUGGAUGCAGACGGAAAACUUCCGUAUCUGGAAUAAAUUCACUGACUCGCACCUCUUCGACAUCGUCGAACCAAAACAUCCCUGCUCCGGCGGCCUCAGCAUUGAAGAUGUCCAACGUCGUCUUGCGCAGUAAGUUCCUCUUUCUCUCGCAAGCAUCCAGGAGACGCUAAGUCAAACCCCCGCCCCAGGCUGUUCUCAAACUCCACCUUCCAAGUAGCCAGCAUCACUAUCUGCGUGCUAAUCCUCGCGUACCGC